CGGACGUCAGGCAACUGAAUUUGGCAACUCAGAGACCGCCUUCGUUUUCGCUGUUUGGUGUAACCACACCUUCCGAUCGGGAGCAGAAGGACACCUUUCUCAGCAAGCUAAAUUCGCUAAAUCCAGUCAUUGCACUUAACUAUUCUAUUUCCCAGUGUCUCCUAGUCCUUCCACAGGCCUCGCAACAUGGGUGGCUUUCUACACACGAUUGGAAGUCUUCUUCCCUACCAUCUUCUCUCCUAUGGUGCCCUCGUGGGAACCGAGGUGUAUCAAAGUUUUGUCAACACCAAGCUUUGUUUCCAGGCACUACCGAUGCGCGAGUUUCUUGCAUUGCAGAAGCGGCUGUUCCCCGUUUAUUUCAAAUGCCAGGUUGGCUUGGCUGCUCUUACAGCCGCGACACAUCCACCGUAUAGCAUUUUGUCGCUGGUCAAAGACCCAUGGGGUGCAGCCCCACUGGUGGUGGUUAUCAUCAUGGGCUCCUUGAACUGGUUUGUGUAUGGGCCGCGGACUACAACCGCCUCUCUUGUCCGACGUGCACUCGGUGAACGGGAAGAUAAGGCAACGGACUCAAGCGAGGGGAAGCUUCACAGGGCGUACCAAGACUUUGCUCGUAACCAUGCCAUGUCGAUUCAUCUCAACGCCAUUGCUUUGGUUGCCACGGUUUGGUAUGGGUUUUCGUUGUCCUCAACCCUUGUGCCAAUGGAGGCAUUGAACCAGAGAUAGGAGCGAGAGUCCAAGUACAAUGAAAGCAAGUCAAUGAUACUUCGAGGAAUGAAUCAAUUUCCC